CCUCCUACCCCUCAAUAUCUCACUCUCUCCAGAUCCCCUCCUACCCCUUCUGUCUCUCUGCUGCAUCAUGCACACACUAACAAGGGAAUACUGGCAGCCAUGUUUGUGACGCUGUGAAAUUAGAUUUAAAAAUGACGAAUUACAUUUUUUUAUUAUCUUCAUAACAAAUUCCAAUGUCCAACAAAUCCAUAUUAGUCCACAGCUCAGACCAAAGGGUGAUUAAAGAAAGAGGGGGAAAGAGAGACAGUGAGGCAGAAAGAGAGAGAGCCAGAGGCUGUCAGGCAGAAUGAGAGCCGAGUGCUUUACUUUGAAGUUUUCAUUUUUGUUGAAUCACCACAGUCCAGAGAGUGCUCUCAUUAGCGACACUGCUGUCAAGUCCCAGGCAGUGUCCCUCCCCAUACAGUCUACAGCACCGCCCAGCGCCCACCCUCUUCCUCCUCCACAGCUCCCUCCCUUUUGCUACUCACCUUCCACUCAUCUCAUCUCAGGAUCACUCAACAUCACCUGGAGUGAGAUCACACUCCUGACCACAGCUAUUUCUGUAUCAUUAGAACUCUAUUAUUUUGAUCACAAUCCUGACUCUGCCUCUUCACCACCUUCAUUCACAUCACAGGGAUUUUAACUGUGUUUCACCGGAUUGUUCAUGCAGUAGUCUUUUGGAAUCAAGUUGGUUGGACCGGACCGCUGGACCCCACGUGAACCUCAUGCAGUGGAGAUUAUCCUGCAGCGAUGUCAUCUCAUCUCUCCCCCCCGCAACGCAAAGGAUCAGCCACGCACAAGAAAGUCAUCCACUGAUUCGUCUCCCGCUAAACCCUCGCCGACCUCCAGAAGCCUCAAACAUGAAAGAGUGUCCAGACUGGACUCGUCUGGUGCUUACGACCGAGAGGCCUAUGACGCUCGAAGGGAAAACAGAAUGGCAGCGCGGAAAAAAGCAGAGGAGGAGGCAGGGUGCACUGACUAUAAGAAGAUGUACGAGGAGGCCUUGUCUACCAAUGAGAGACUCAAGUCCAGGCUGCAGGGCAGCAAACAGGAGCUGGUAUUGGUGCAGACUCAGCUGGAGAGAGUGACACAGAGAAAGAUAACCAUGACUGAAAGGUCCAAUGAAAGGUCCAUGCUUGAGACAGAAAAACGGGAAACGCGUGUCCUGCAGAAGAAGAUAUCAGACAUGGAAGAUGAAGUGAAGGUCCAGACAGAGCUGAAGAAUGAGAACCAGAGACUGAAGGACGAGAACGGAGCCUUAAUCCGGGUCAUCAGUAAACUGUCUAAGUGAGAAGAGGAGGAAAAGGAAGAGAGCAGGGGAUGAUACAGCUUUAUUUCCCAUGUUUACACCCACUUCUCCAACCCCACCGCCCCCACCAACACCCCCACCAACACCCCCACCAACACCAGUAGUCUUCACACGCAGUUUGCAUAUUUGCACAUUUUUUGUAUUAAUUUAUGGAUUGUUAUAAUGCAUAAUUAUAUAAUCACAGCACAUAAUAAUACCGUAUGAAUGUCUGCAAAUGUUUAAUCUAUAAGCUGAUGUAACAGGUUAUAUAUUAUCACGUUUUGUAUCACUAUGUGACAUUUGAAAUGUUUUUUGUUGUUGUUUUUGUUUACUCCAUCACAUGAAAAGUCUCCUACGCCUUGUAUAAGUUAUUUAUAAAGAUUUUCUAUGCUGCAAUCCAACGCAAUCUCUUGUAUUCAGUGUCAUCAACUGGUCACGUGUGGUAAUGCAUCAUACUGCAGAGGCCUACAGUAUAUACUGUAAUGUGAAUCAGGAUUGGUACACAUUUGUAAGGGUUAUAGAUUAUAUACAUUGUUAUUCUUAUAGUUUACAUGAAGUAGUGAAUUUGAAAAGAGAAGGGAGUGCGGAGGAGUAGAGGAGGGAGUGAGGAGGAAGAAAGGAGGGAGUGAGGAGGAGGAGAGGAGGGAGUACGAAUGAGGAGAGGAGGGAGUGAGGAGGAGGAGAAGGAGUGAGGAGGAGGAGAGGAGGGAGUGAGGAGGAGGAGAGGAGGGAGUGAGGAGGAGGAGAGGAGGGAGUACGAAGGAGGAGAGGAGGGAAUGAGGAGGAGAGUAGGGAGUGCAGAGGAGGAGAGGGUGAGGAGAGGAGGGAGUGAGGAGGAGAGGAGCAAGUGCAGAGGAGGAGAGGAGGGAGUGAGGAGGAGGAGAGGAGGGAGUGAGGAGGAGGAGAAGAGGGAGUGAGGAGGAGAGGAGGGACUGAGAAGGAGGAGAGGAGGGAGUACAGAGGUAAGGCAGAGGGGUACAGUUCUUUGGAAUUAUUGCAGUAUGGUGGCCAUGGAGGAACAAAAUGCAUAAAGAGGAACUUUUUUUUUUUUAAAGCAGCAAGGUCGGCGGUAUUGCAUUGCGAAUGUAGCUCUGCACUGUUUGGGUUCACCCCAUGCUCAAAAGAGUUCCAAAGGCCCAGGAAGACGGGGAUUUAGUUGCCUGCAUUGCAGUAAUUUUACAAACCCACUCAGUUUCAGUUCACAGAGGAAACGUUAGAAGAAUACAGACGUUAUUGGUCCUAUGGUAAAUACAAUUGGAAACAUUUAAGGCAGACAGAAUGAUGGUUGCUGCUCAAGAUACAAUAAACACAAGUAACACAGGACCAAUCUAUAAAACGAUCUUAAUCAAUCCAAGUACACUCAAUAGGAGGGAUAGUGAAAACAAGUCAGGAAGUAACAGUAUUAAUGUAUCACCACAAUUAAACUAAUAUUCAGAGUAAUAACUGCCAUACUGGAAUGGAGGUUAUACUGAAUGGUUUGUACAAAUCAGAUCCAUAGGCCUUCUUGCAAUUGGAGUAUUCAGAGUGUAUGUACCGUGUACUGGGACAGUGGAAAGGAGCUAAUGCAAUCAAGUGACAUGUUGCCACAAUUUUGCUGCUACAGGCUCUUUAUGCUGACGUUUAAAAAACAAGCAUUGUUUUGCAUUCCAUGAUAUGAAUUACUGAAGGUUCAUUUUAAACUCUUUUGAACAUAAGUAUGUAUAUGAUCAUCACUAAAAGCCAAGCAGUCAUAUGAUUUCAUAAAUACAGAGGCAUGUACAUCUUACAAUAUCAACUUUAAGUCAUACCAAUAAUGUUGAUAAACAUGACCACUAUCAUCAUGUUAAGUACAUAUUUCUAUAAGCAAAACGUGCAUUCUACAGUGUGAGGUGAAACUCCAACAGCGCUGCUUCUGGUGACGAUAGAUGAACAAAUAUCAGCAUUUUUCACCUGUUCUUGCACAGGAAAGGAAUCAAGUGUGAAUCAGCCGCUCUGUUAAAAUAUCUCUAUAAGGUUUUUAAUUGAGCAGUAAUAAGCCUUUGCUCAGAGUAUAGAAACUUAAACUCAAGUUGUAUGGCUUUACUUCUUAACAUACACAAAAAUACAUGUUUAACUGUUAUGACACCAGUGGAUGACAGCAAGCAGAGGACUACUCAGGGUACAGAUAUGGAGAGUUAUUGAAACGGGGCUACAAGUCCAUGCUUUGACUCCUAUACAAUGAGCUAUAUCUGAUAACAUGAACCUGGGACUAAACAAUCUAACGUUAAGCACGGUCUAGUAGUUGGAUUUAAAUUUGUGUAGUACUGUAGUCUGACUUAGUACUAGAACACUGGUCAACCCAACACAGCAGAUUCAAAUCAUUUUUGAUAAGGCGGUGACUACCACCUCCGGCAGGAUACUUGAAGGAAACACUUACGGUACUUAGAAUUACAAAGCAAAGGAGCUAGUAAAUGUUCUGCUUUUGCAAAAAUACACAAUAAAUCCUGGCCAUCGAAGACCCUGCACACAUACAAGUGAAAGCAGGAAAUGUAAGUAAUAUUGCAUUUUGACUUGUAGCCCCAGCAUAUAGUCAUACAUUUCAGGUUGUCCACUGUAGACAUAUGUAAAUAAAAUACAAAUGAAGUAACACUGUUGAAUUUCAGGCAAGAAAAUAGCCUGUAAAAUCAACAUGUACUAUGCAGACAUAUGUUCAGUCCUAUUAUACCCUUAAGGGAAAAUACAUCAAAUGUGCAGUCAGUGCAUAUUUUUCUCUCCAUUUUAUUAUCAAAAUGACAUUGGACACAAACACACAUACACACUAAUUAUGGUUCCUCUUUAAAACAUGCCGCUAUUUACAACAUUUCAUAGAUACAUGCUGUAUUAUGACAUUUUCUCACUGUAUGUUUACAGUAGGACGAGAGAGAGGGGGUCAAAACUACAUAUCAAUGGACUUAUUAGUAUGCCAACGUUCCCCCUCCUUUCAGUUUGAUCACCUUAUACACCAUGGCCUCCUGGCAAUCAACAUUUCAGGAUGUCUAACGAACAACGCCCUUGGGAAAAACAGGUUUGAAUAAACAGCGGACAAUACCACAAUGUUUCAGGACUUUGGCGUCUUACAGAAGAGGGUUACAUACUAAGCAGGCUGCGGAUGAGUGCAUGGUGCAAAAGUCAAAGCUAACGACAUGAAGAUAAGCACAAAGCAUAAAUCAUGCUUACUUUACUCUCAUUUGUUUCAAGCAAAUGCUGCAUUUCCGGUUGCUUGAUGAUGAACUUUUCAUCAUUACAAUGUGAACAUCCAAGAAUUGAAUGUAUACCCACACCACUACAGUCAUCCUCAGCAGAGAGAAAUAGACGUUGGGCCUUCAUGCAAACACACUUUUAAACUGAGAAAACAUCCCCUCCAGUAUGUUUGUAUCAGUCAUUUCAGAGAUGCAGAGUGCUUUACAAUUCACAGGCAGUGGCUGUAACAAGCAUAUGGUCCCAUCUUAUAACAUAUGUUUCUUUCAUCUCGAUAGCAUUAAUGCCAAAAAUGUGCUCACAAUAGUGUACAGGGUGCAAUGCUGUCGUAGUAGAAUAUGAUUGAUCAUUUUUCUUUAUUUUCUUGAACAUACAUCCUCAACAUUGUGUAUCUUUGACUUAAAAUAGUAAAAGGUCAAAUGUGUUUUCAACACAUGCUAUUAGUAGUAAAUAUCUCAUCACUAACAAAGCAUGGUCGUCAUGGUUUUGGAUGACAGUGAUAGUUCUUCAAUCAUCUUUACUUUGGACAUGGAUAAGUAAUCACUUUUACAUCCAAGUGGUCAAAGUAGGUCUUUUGGACUGUGCCAUUAUGACGUUUGCCAGGGAUACAGUUUCCCUCAGUGCAUUCUGAGUUGAGAGCCUAAAGGCACCCAUGAAUUCAACCCAGUCUGGGUUUCACACUGAAAACACUGGAAGGUGUAUGGACCCUGUCCAUAACGGCAUCGAAAUUAAUCGUGUUUGAUAAGUAAUCAUUUUUAACUGUAAAGCCAAAUAUCAUUUUUGCCACAAUAUGUCCAUCUCUCUUAUACAUGGGAAUAUAUAUAAUAAAAAUAAUAAUAACAAUAAUAAUAAUGAUAAUACAAUUGGAACAAAAAAAACUUGCAUUUUAAAGUUCUUUCAGAAAGACUUUCUGGAAUGAAUUGCUGCAUUGUAUUACCUUAAUACCUACCAUCUCACCUAAACCCUUUCCAUUAGUAGAUUAAAAACUGUUUUAUGUGAGAAAUGUCCCAAUACUAAUAUCUACUGCAAGAUAUGGCACACUUAUGGGUUGAGAACAAGAUAUAUGCUAAUGGGAAUCGGUUUGGCAUGGUUUAUGUAGAGCAGUGAGAGCAUAAGUAAAGCAUGCACAAUGUUCUAUAAACUAAAUGAAGAAGCUAUAACCAGCAUCAAUUUCAUUGAGUCUUUCUCCAAACUUUCAUUGUCAGCAUCUAAGCAUCUGUUCCUAAAAAGCAUGUUCAAAUGAAACACAGAUCAAUUUAUCAAUCAAUCAAUCAAUUUAUCGCUCAAUUUCCCUCUUCUCUCUUUACACUAAAUA